UCCUUUUAACCAAUAGAAUAUAAGAAACUAAAACAUUAACUAGUCAGAUAUCAGGCUGUGUAUACCACACAAAAAACAAACUAUUAUAUUAUAACUACUGUUGUUGACCUGUUGUUAUUUGGCAUCUUAUUAGCAGAGGAUUGCAAAAGAUGUCGGCAUCUGGACAACAAUUACUAAUGAACGAACAUGAUACUUUGCCUGACAAUGGUGUCGCCGACGACGAUGACGGAAUAAACGUAUCACGAUGCGACAUGAACGUCAGCAAAGUUGGUGCAUAUUCUCAGACAUCGGAAGACGAUGAUGACAUUAACGACACGGAUUGUCUGAUUCACAGUUGUAAUCGUAUCAGUAACCCAGUGGCAUUUUUGUCUGUGAUAAUUCCUUUAUUUGUCCUUUUUAUUGCAGCGCCAGUAUAUUUAGGUGCCUGUAUAAGUACCAUUGAAAAGCAAUUCCAGCUUUCAAGUUCCCAAUCCGGAUUAAUUGCAACGGUAAACGAAAUAGUGAGUUUAACUAUUAUUAUCUUUGUCACCUAUUAUGGCUCAAAAACUCACCGUCCGCGCCUAAUGGGCGUUAGUGGCAUCAUCUGUGCAACCGGGCUUUUUCUUCUAGCAGUGCCCCAUUUUAUCGCCAAUUCGGUCGAAUACAGCUCUAACGACAACGAUACUGACGAAUCAACAAAACACAACAAUGAAUUAUGUUCUCUGGGUGAUGUGACCGAGGACCGAUGCGCAUCGGGUGGAUCCACUGUGGAACAGCCUUUAAGUGUGUUCUGGCUUGUAAUCGGUCAGAUAUUGGUCGGCUUUGAAGCACCAAUUUUGCCGUUGGCCAUCACUUACCUGGACGACUCGACGGUGGACUCCACGACAUCCUCAAUAUACAUCGCUGGAAUAUACAUAACUAUGGGAGUAGGUCCUUUCGUGGGAUUCUUCAUGAGUUUUCAAUGUCUUUCUCUGUACGUGGAUUUCGAUCGUGUUCAUGGAGAAAACAUUCCAACUGAUCCUACUGACCCUCGUUGGAUAGGCGCUUGGUGGCUUGGGUUUGUCUUGGUCAGUGUGUUGGUGCUUGUGCUAUCUGUUCCCUUGUUUUUCUUCCCUCGAAAUCUGAAGAAGUACGAAUGCGCAUGUUGUGGUGGAAGUUCGAAGAAUAAAGAUGCGGAAGAAGAAUUCAACAUUGCCGAUGUUUACAAAACCGACUUUUUUAAAGAUAAACAAAAUGGCAUACUGGCAAGUCUGAAAGGAUUUGUAGUAGCAAUGAAGAGAAUACUGGUCAACCCAACACUAAUGUUUUUAACCAUAGCUGUUUCAUGUGAUUUUGCCAUCAUCGCUGGGUUUAUGUUCUUCGUUGCUAAAUAUAUAGAGAAUCAAUUUGCAGUCACGGCAGCUGUGGCCGCCAUCAUUAUUGGUGGAAUACAACUACCAGGAACCGUGUUUAGUAAUAUACUGAGUAGCUUCUGUAUUAAGAAGUUCGAUUUAAACCAGUUUGGGCUUGGAAAAAUGAUGGUGGUCUUUUCUUUUUUUUCUUUUAUAUUUGCCAUUCCCCUUUUAUUCAUGGGGUGUUCUAAUCAAGCGAUUGUUGGUGUUACAACACAUUACGAUACUUCAUUUAGCCAAGGAUCGUUGCCACAUUUAAACACCACCUGCAAUUCUAACUGCGCAUGCCCAGAUGACGUUUAUACGCCUGUGUGUGGUUCUGACGGAAUCACGUACAUUAGUGCGUGCCAUGCUGGCUGUACUAAUGUAUGGAGAGACGGUAUGGGGAAUCUGGAUAAAUUAGGCCUAUCUACGAACGAUACGAUUUAUGUUGGAUGUAGCUGUAUAACCAAUGGGAAAGAAUGGGAAACUGCAGACGGGUUGAUAAAAGGCGGAAUUAGCACCGAAGGAUCAUGUGACUGGACAUGUGAUAAACUUCUUGCGUUUUCCUUGCUUGUGGCUAUAAUAUCAGUGUUUGCUGCUAUGAAACCAAAUCCGGGAACCAUGCUGAUGUUAAGGUGUGUUGAGUCAAGCGACCGUGCGCUCGCAAUCGCCUUUGGCGGCGUUGCAAUGAGAGUACUUGGCUUCUUUCCUGCCCCGAUCUACUUCGGGUCUAUGAUCUCCAAGACGUGUUUGAUUCGGCAAGACUCGUGUAGUCAUGAAGGAGCUUGUCUGGUCUACGAUCUUGAGCGAUAUCGCUACUCGUUCGUCGGUUUGUUCCUUGGGUUAAAACUGUUAGCAACUAUCCUCGCAAUGUGUACAUAUUAUAGUAUAAACCCCGAUCGUUUUAAGGAAAACAAGGAAAGCAAGACAAAGACAAUGCCUAUGGAACCCUUGUAGAAAGACAGUGAACACAUAAACCCAUGAAAUGGAGGGUUUUACGAAUAAAUUAUAUCAGACCAAUACAACACAGUCAUAUUAUAGUAUAUAUGUAUAGUGUACAUAUUAUAUAUGUAUAUACACACACACACACACAUACACACA